AUGCGAUGGAACGAGAUCAUAUCCAAAUACGGACUUGCCGAGAAUGAAUGGGUCCAUGGCAUUUAUAAUGACAGAAUGAAGUGGGCUACCGCAUAUUUGAGGGAGCACUUCUUUGGCCGCAUAAGAACUACAUCACGGUGUGAGGGAAUUCAUUCAUUAUUGAAGAACUAUGUUGACAGUAAAACCAGUCUCCUUGAAUUCAUGCAUAAAUUUAGUGAAGUACUAAGGCUUUACCGAAACAACCAUCUUACUGCUGACUUUGAAACCUUUUAUAAGUUUCCUGUUUUGACUACAUGCUUGGAAAGUUUUGAGAAACAAGCUGCUGAACUUUAUACUAGAAAUAUUUUCAAAUUUGUGAAAGAUGAGAUAGAAGCAGUUGGUGCCUUAAAUGUGACUGAAUGCCCAAACAGUGGAGACAUUGUUGAGCUAUUUCAGACUCGUGGAUUACCGUGCUCCCACAUCUUUGGGGUCUUGAAGCAUCGCAAUGCAAAAUACAUCCCUACAUCUCUUAUCCUGAAAAUAUGGACAAGAGAUGCAAAGAGUGAUUUUAUAUGCUCAAUUGGCAAGCAAGACACCGCUGAUGAUAUAGUACCCACACUUAGAUGCGGUGCAAUGGCAUCUAUUUGUUGGAAGCUUUGUGAUAUUUAUUCUAAAAAAUCAGCAGACUAUAGGAAAAUCUUAGGUGAGUUACUUAAGCUAAUUUCGAAGGUGCAAAAUAAAGGUGAUGCACAAGCGAGGCUUUCCCCCACGUCAGCGUUAAUAGGUGAUCCAGCUGUUGUGAAGUCAAAAGGGGCUCCAAGAAAGGUUCCAAAAGGCCAAAAGAGGCGAAGAUGUUCGCAUUCAAAGUCAAGCAGGCAUUUCGUUAGGACAUGUCCAUUACUCGCCAAGGAGGACUCCCCCGCCGAAUACUCAAAUGCUGAAGAUGAACUAAUAACCGAAGAAAUCACUCUAACUCAAGAGACAUUAAAAGAUAAGACCAACACAUCAGAAAUAGAAGUGACCGAAGUUCCAGAUGCAGCCACAACCAAGAUACCAGGAUUGCCAUAA